UACUUUAAUCUACCGUUUCCUUCUCGCCAAGAAACAAACAUUUCCAAUCUCUAAAAAGCUAGAAGAACCUCGAUCAAGACAGCAAAACACAAUUCAAGAACGAUGAUGUCGAUCUUUAGCCCUUUCGAAGCUCUUUACGCUGAAUCAAACGGCUUCAAGAUGAAACUCCCAGGUGGCCAGAAACAGAGCUCUGGUGAUAGUCAGUCGCCAGCGGCGGAGCAGCAGAAGAGCUACGGGAGGAUUCCGAUAACAUCAGACGACGAAAAGAAUAAGAAGGAGGAGAAGAAGAUCCAACCGAUGAGGAUAGCUCCAGAGCUAGACGGUGUUCAUUGUUUUGAAACAAUACUUCCUUUUUGAUAAUUUUCUAUUUUUUAUUGAUUACUUGUAAGCAAAUUUAUUUCCUUUUGUAUAAAGAUUGAUCAAAACUAAUAUUGAAUGAUCUAAA